UUUGUGUAUAGCUUUUUCUCAUCACCAUUUCCCCAAUUUCCUUCCCUUAUUUCCAGACACACACAGUGAAACACGCACAAAACACACACACAUUCACAUUUCCGAAUCAAAUCAAAAUCAAAUCUGAUUCCUCUAAACGUCAAGCAGGUUUCAAAAUUUCCCCUAAAGAUCCCAAAUUCCACACACACUGUUCACGCACUCAUCCCACAAUUUUUUCUGCUCCAACAAGAAUAUUUUUUAUUUUUUUUAAAAAACAAAGGAUAAACAAACCCUUUAUCCGCCCUCCGAUAAUUUGACGAUCUUAUACUUUCUCCUCUUUCUCUCCCUAGGAUUUCUUUUCGUCCAAGAAGAAAAUCGGAUAUUUUUUGCUGAAGCUUUAUCUGAUUUUUGUUGGCAUUGGGGCGAUUAUAUUUGAAACUCUUGAAGCGAGUUUCAUUAGGGUUUUGUUUCAGAUUAGUUGAUCAACUAUCUAUUUGUCUGGGUAUUCUUGCUAGUUUAUGUUUUUGGGGACAAUAGAAGGUUCUGUAUUGAGGUUUUGAAUAGUUAGUAUUGAAUGCUAUUGUGCGUGUAAAUAUAUAACAUUAUCUGGUGUUAAGUUGCGCCUUUAGUGUCUUCGUCUCUCCGUUUAGGAUUCCAUUUAGCUUUAGAGCAUCUUAUAUACUGGUGGAAAAUUGCAUUUCUUUGCUGCAGACUACAUUUCGAGGGUGGUUCUGAAGGAAGGUUGGGUUUUUAGCUUGAAUUGGAAGAAUUUUUUUGGGUCUUUUGUAGUUCUAGUUAGGGUGUUGACAAGGUAGUAGUGUAUGGGAGAAAAUGACGGAUGGGCUGAGCCAGGUAGGGCAUUGCCAAAUGGGCUUUUGCCUGGGGCAGGCCCAGUAAUGCGGGCCCUCGAUACAGACCGAUGGUCGAGAGCAGAGGAGAGGACUGCAGAGCUUAUUGCCUGCAUCCAGCCUAACCCGCUAUCUGAGGAGCGUAGGAAUGCUGUUGCAGAUUAUGUGCAGCGACUCAUUAUGAAGUGCUUCCCCUGUCAGGUCUGUACCUUUGGUUCUGUACCCUUGAAGACGUAUCUACCCGAUGGGGACAUUGAUUUGACUGCUUUCAGUCAUGAUCAGAAUCUGAAAGAUGCAUGGGCCAAUCAAGUUCGAGAUAUGCUGGAGAAUGAAGAAAAGAAUGAGAAUGCUGAAUUUCAUGUGAAGGAGGUUCAGUACAUCCAAGCAGAAGUGAAAAUAAUUAAAUGUCUUGUGGAAAACAUUGUGGUGGACAUAUCUUUUAAUCAAGUUGGUGGAUUAUGUACACUCUGCUUCCUUGAUGAGGUUGAUAACCUAAUAAAUCAGAAUCAUCUGUUCAAGCGUAGUAUAAUCUUGAUCAAGGCUUGGUGCUACUAUGAAAGCCGUAUAUUGGGUGCUCAUCAUGGACUCAUAUCUACCUAUGCCCUGGAGACCUUAGUUCUUUACAUCUUUCACGUGUUCAACAAUUCCUUUCAUGGACCUCUUGAGGUUCUUUACCGUUUUCUGGAGUUUUUCAGCAACUUUGACUGGGACAAUUUUUGUGUUAGCUUAUGGGGACCUGUACCUAUUAGUUCCCUACCCGAUGUAACAGCGGAACCUCCUCGAAAGGACAGUGGAGAAUUGCUACUUAGCAAGUUGUUUCUUGAUGCUUGUAGCUCCGUUUAUGCUGUUUUCCCUGGUGGCCAGGAAAAUAAUGGACAACCAUUUAUUUCAAAGCAUUUCAAUGUAAUUGAUCCGUUACGUGUAAACAACAACCUUGGACGUAGUGUUAGUAAAGGAAACUUUUUUAGGAUUCGAAGUGCAUUUGCUUUUGGAGCUAAAAGACUGGCUAGAUUGCUUGACUGCCCAAGAGAAAACUUAAUCGGUGAAGUUAAUCAGUUCUUCAUGAACACAUGGAAGAGGCAUGGGAGUGGUAAUAGGCCUGAUGCACCUAUUGUUGAUCCAUGGUGCAUGAGAUUAUCAACUCCAGAUGGUGUCCAUGAAUUUGGUAAUUCUAAUAAGACUACUAGUGGGAAUAAUAUAAAUGAAAACUCUUCCGCUCAUGAGAUGGAGGACAAGGGGAGUCGUGGCCGUGGUGUAUCCUCUCAACACGGUAAAAUUUCAGCUAGAAUGUUGCCAAUGACAAGUGAGCUGUCUGCAGCGUCUCACAUGCAAAACCUAAAAAGUCAAAAUGUAAACAGUUUGCGGGCCACUGAUCAAAUUGGAAGAGACAAUGCGUCUGAUCAGAUUUUACUUAAUGAUGAAGUUCAGAGAGACCUGAAAGCUGAUCAUUUAGUGAAUGACACUCAGGGACGUUUUCUUUUUGCUCGAACACGCUCUAGUCCUGAACUUACUGAUGCAUAUGGUGAAGUGUCGUCUCAAAUACGGCGUAAUAGACAAGCAGAAACUGCAAAUGCUCAUGCCACUUCUGCUAGGCUGGAUGCUAGUAAUAGGAGGAAGAAUCUUGGAUCUGAAAGCUUGGCAAGUCACACCACUCGUUCUUCAGUUGAAGAUACUUCAUCUGCGAGACAUGUUACAUCCCAACAAAGUCUCGAUGCUGCUGGUACCGACUCCAAUAGUGGUUCAAAUAGCUAUCACCAGGAUUUGCGGUUAGAUGCCUUGAAUGAAGAAUUUUCAUCCACCUCUGGAGCACAGCUAAUGCACCAGGAAGAACAAGAUAUUGUGAACAUGAUGGCAUCUGCCUCACUUCAAGGUUUCAAUGGACAACUUCAUGUUCCAUUCAAUUUAAAUUCAGCUCAUCUACCUUUCUCAAUCCCUCCUUCCUUUCUUGCUUCAAUGGGAUACACUCAACGAAAUCUGCCCGGAUUUGUUCCGACAAAUAUUCCUCUGAUUGAUCCAUCCUUUUCAAAUAUGCAAUUUCCUCAUGGUUUAGUGUCACCACAAUUGACUCAUUAUUUCCCAGGCAUUGGGCUGAAUUCACCGUCUGAAGCUCCAUUUGAUAGAAACAAUGAUGGUUUUGCUUCUGUGGAGAUGAACUCCGAAGAAGUUGAUAAUGAUUUUUGGCAGGAGCAAGAUGUCAGCUCCACCAGUGGCUACGAUCCUGAGAAUGGAAAUUUUGACAUGCUCCAGUCGGAUGAUAAACCACCGGCCUUGGUGUCUGGUUUAAAGUAUGUUCCUCCACCUCGAGUAAGUGGCUCUGCUAGUGGUACAAGAGUUCAGCAGAAGCAUACAAGGGAAAAGCGUGCGUCAGCGCGGCAAAGCAGUGACAGUUUCCCUAUCCAGGAUGAUAGAGGUAGUGAGGUUUAUGCAGAGGAAAGAUCAGCAAGUUCAAGGUUUUCAUCAGCUACUCAUAGUAAUUCUUUCAGGAGCAGAACUUCUUCGGAGAGCUCCUGGGAUGGAUCAUCAGUGAAAACCCCUAAAUCUAUGAAAGAAAAACGGGGAAAGAAAGUAGCUUCUAUGGAUCUAUCUACUGGUCAUGGAAAAGGCAAAAUUAUGUCUGACCAUGUCCUUGAUCAGGCAGAGGACGAUGACCGCGAAUGGGGUUUAUUAUCAAACAUUGGGACUGAAACAGUAGAAAGGAACCCUGGGUCCGAACCGCUUGCUUCUUUGCAGGGUCCUAGGCGCCAUAUGACUGGCUUUGAAGUUGCUCAGACAAGUGGAUCAGACUCAAUGAUCCCUUUUGCCCCAAUGCUUAUUGGUCCUGGCUCGAGACAAAGAAUGAAUGAUAAUUCUGGGCUUAUUGCAUUCUACCCUACUGGGCCACCAAUUCCAUUUCUAACAAUGCUUCCAGUGUACAAUAUCCCACCUGAGACUGGUACUUCUGAUGCAUCAACUGGCCAUGUUGGAGGUGAUGAAAACUUGGAUAAUAAUGAAUCUGGGCAGAGCUUUAAUCCUGAAGGAUUUGAGCAUCCAGAGGAUCUAAAUCCUUCAAGUUCUUCAAGAGUGACAAUUACUACUGAGUCAUCUGAAAAGAAAAAAUCUGAUAUUCUUAAUAGUGACUUUGCAAGCCAUUGGCAAAAUUUACAAUUUGGAAGGCUCUGUCAAAAUCCACGGUACCAUGGGCCUCUACUCUAUCCUUCACCUGUAAUGGUCCCUCCUGUUUAUCUUCAGGGCCGAUUUCCAUAUGAUAACCCUGGUAGGCCACUCACAACUAAUACGAGCCUCUUCUCUCAGCUUAUGACGAGUUAUGGCCACCGUGUGGUCCCCAUGGCUCCCCUCCAAUCAGUUUCGAGUAGACCUCCCAAUAUGUAUCAGCGCUACAUGGAUGAUAUGCCAAGAUAUCGCAGUGGGACUGGCACUUACCUGCCUAAUCCUAAAGUUUCUGUCCGGGAACGUCAUUCUUCCAGUACCAGAAGGGGAAGUUAUAACCAUGAUAGGAAUGAUAACUAUGGUGAUAGGGAGGGGAACUGGAACACUACAAAGUCGCGAGCUGCUGCACGCAGCCAUAGCCGCAGCCAAGCUGAUAAAUCAAACUCAAGAGCUGAUCGUUCGUCUUCUAGUGAGAGCCGAGCUGACCGAUCAUGGAACUCAUACAGACAUGACUCAGUCCCUUCUUACCAGUCACAGAGUGGCCCAUUGAACUCAAAUUCUAGUCAAAAUGGUCCCCAAAAUGUGGCAUACAGCAUGUAUCCUUUAGCAGCCACAAAUCCCGCAGGACUUUCCAAUGGUCCUUCUGUUCCACCUGUUGUGAUGCUAUAUCCAUUUGAUCAUAGUGCUGCCUAUGGUUCUCAUGGUGAACAGCUUGAGUUUGGUUCUCUUGGUCCAGUAGGCUUGCCAGGUAUGGAUGAGCAAUCACAGCUAAAUGAGGGAACUCGAGCUAGGACAUUCGAGGACCACAGACUUCAUGGAAGCUCUGGGCUCCGGUCUUCACCAGAUCAGCCAUCUUCCCCUCAUCACCAGAGGAGGUUUUGAUGAGUUUCCAGCACUGUAGCUUAGAGGAACAAUCAGUUGAAGGAUGAGGAUGUUCAGCAUUUUAUUUGUCAGUGGAAGUUGCGGUGGAAUGGUGUUUUGCCCUGUUCCGCUAAUUUUGCCUUGGUUUUUACAUGAUAAAGCUGAGUUUCCACCUGACCUUUUAUAUUUUGCACAAGAGUGGUUCGCAUUUAGCAUGGUUCUUGUAUGUAAAACAGCUAGCCAACAUUGGAUCAUCAUCCCGCUCGAGACCUGGAAGCAUGGAAGGAAGACUUAGGAGUUGAUUAGAUUUUUCACCUUUUCAUUGCCUUUUUCUGUCAUUAGCCUAUUACACAUUGUAAUGUCAUUGAACUAGAAGUAGUGUUUUAAUAUAAUUUUAUUACUAGGAAAUUU